AUUCCGAAAAAUAUUAUUACAAAUUAAAUAGUUCGUCUUCCCCAUACUUCUUAUCGAGAAAUUGAGAUAAGAUGAAAGCUGCGAACAAGAACAAGAUCAUCUUGAUCAAACGGCCAGUAUGAAAAUUAUUGUUUGGAUAGUUUUUUUAAUACCUCCGGCUUUCUCAGAAUUUGGUAUCAACAAAAAAUGCAUAACACCCCAUGGAGAUAUCGGUGUGUGUACAGAAAUAACAUCAUGUCCUAUUGUUCGAGCAUACCAUACAAAGUUAUCCAACAUUUCCGUAAGGAAGUAUUUUAGACAAUCUUAUUGUGGAAAAAGGUACAAUAUGACACUCAUUUGUUGUGGACCUGUUAUUCCAAAUAUUUAUGAUGAAUGUGGAGUAAUGGAAAAUUCUGGACCCAAGAUUUUUGGAGGACACAUCAGCGAUAUGCAUUUUCCAUGGAUGGUUGCAAUUCAGUACAAAGAAGAAAAUGAGAGACUAGUUUUCAGGUGCCAAGGUUCUCUUAUCAACCAGCAUUUCAUCUUGACAGCUGCCCAUUGUUUGAGAUACAGAAAAGUUCAUGCUGUCGUUAUGGGCGUAAAAAAUUUGACCAACUACGAGGAACAAGAAUCAUUCAAGAAAUCUAUAGUUAUUAACAUAACAUACCAUAGAGAAUACUCAACAGAUAUUGAUGAUAUUGGUCUCAUACAAAUCCGACCAGUUCAAUAUACAGAAAACAUUCGGUGGAUAUGUCUGCCCCGUAAAAAUGAUGCAUCACCUUCUUGGUUCACUAUACGAGGAUGGGGCAAAAAUGAUAAAAAGAUCACAGAGUUCAGUGCAGCAAUUCAGAGCAGAAUCCGAUCAGCUUCCUACAACGAAUGUCGAUUUGUAAACAGAAAAAAUAUACCAUGGAGUAGGGUGAUUUGUGCUGGUGGUGAACCCAAUAAAGAUUCUUGUGAUGGAGACUCAGGAGGUGCACUUAUGAACAUGACUGCUGACGGCUGGACCGCUUUUGGGAUUGUUUCAUUUGGUUCCAGAGAUUGCUCCCAAGGAGAACCCGGAGUGUAUACCAGAAUUCAAUAUUAUCUAGACUGGCUGGACCGUACGAUGUUGGAAAUGUUGCAAGUUUCUGAACGAAAAAAAAAUGAAUAAUUUGUGAAAUUCUUACAGAUGACUGAUGAAGGGUAAAAUGCUAUUUGACAGUAUGGAACAUAUCAUUUCAGUUAUUGAGAUCCUUAUAGAUGAAUAGUUUUAAUGCUUAAAUAAUUUAUUCAUCAUUUCAAACAAUGUAUUGCAUAUAUUAAUUCAUUAAUGAAUAAUUCAAAAAUUGUUUUUCGAAUUAUCAUAAGUUUACUCAUGAACAUUAUAAUAAUAUUUUUCUGAGAGUAAGGAUGGUUGAGAAGUUUGAUACCUUCAUACAUCGAAGCUAUUUCAAACCUAAAUAUGAUGUUAUGUUUAAGAAAGGAUAUUAUUACCUUGUUUCUUGAGUUAUGAGAAUGAAUACUAGUCUUCUAAAAUGAUUUCAAUUCUCUUUUAUAUUUAUGGAAAACAUCAAGAUAAAAAUAGAGACUAUAAUGUAAGAAUACACAUCUCAAGAAA